UCUUGAAGGCGAAACAGCUUCACACCCUUCUUAGACAUACGAUUCGGAGUACAGUCUUCAUCAAAACACAGAUAGACAGUCUGAAAUGCCUACAAAACGUACGACCGGUCAGAACCAUGGUCUCGGAAAAUCGAUCAUCAAUCGAAAGGCAAAAGAUCUCAGGAGAGAUCCUAACACUGUCAGAUUUACGCAAGAAUCCGAGAACCUCCGUUCGGUCACCCAUGAAGGAGAUCUCGAAGAGUUUCUGAACAGCGCGGCCUUGGCCGACACCGAUUUCACCGCUGAGAGGACCAAUGUCAAAGUCAUAUCGACCCCUUCCAUCCCCAACUCGAAGAACCCUUACCUCUUGAGCGCCCAAGAAUCGCAAGCGAUCUCCAAGAAGCAAAACGAGCAGAGGGGCGCAUUGCGAGUGCCUCGACGAUCUGCAUGGGACGAGACGACAACUCGGGCCGAGCUUGAGAAGAACGAGAGAGAUAGCUUUUUGCAAUGGAGAAGAGGCCUUGCCGAAGUCGCAGAGCAACACAGCUUGCUGCUGACCCCCUUCGAGCGAAACCUGCAAGUCUGGCGUCAGUUGUGGCGAGUCAUCGAGCGAUCGCAUCUGAUCGUUCAGAUCGUCGAUGGUCGUAAUCCGGUCACUUUCCGGUGCGAGGAUCUGGAGAAGUACGUUUCCGAAGUCGGGAUCGGUAUGGGGAACAAGCAGAAGAGGGGCGUCAGGAAGAGCUUGCUGUUGAUCAACAAGUCGGAUCUGUUGACCAAAAAGCAACGACAAGCUUGGGCGGAUUACUUUGAUGCUCAGAACAUCCAAUACGCCUUCUUUUCCGCUUUCAAUGCCACUGCCGCUCAAGAACAGGCUGAUAAACAGCGAAGGAGGCAGAUGGGCGAGGAGGAGGAGAUCAAGUUUGCCGAAGAUCAGUAUGCCGCAGAGCACAUGGACUCAGACACGGACUCCGAAGAGGAAGAGGAAGAUGAGGAGGAGGGGAAGAACGAUAUGGCUCAGGUUGACGACGAGGAUGACGAAGAUUUCGAGGACGAGGACGAUAUUGAGGAUGAGGAUGACGAGAGUCCAGAGGUACAGAGCGCUUUGGCCGAAUCCAUGCUCAAGGGACAAGACGGAGAGACGGCUGAGACUCAAGCGCUCAGGAAGGAGAUGGAGCAGAAGCUCAGCGUCGAUACCCCCGAAUAUGAUCAGCUCGCAGAGAACCAUGCCAUGAAGGGCAUUUUCGAUGACGAGGUCGACCAUGAUCCUCGAACCCGGGUUCUGACGGUUCUCGAGCUAGAAGAACUCUUCGAGCGUGUUGCUCCAUCUCUAUCCGAGUUCGCCACCGAACACAACCCUACGCCCGACAAGUUGACUGUUGGACUAGUUGGAUACCCCAACGUCGGUAAAUCGUCGACCAUCAAUGCUCUGCUUGGAUCCAAGAAGGUCAGCGUAUCCGCCACGCCUGGAAAGACGAAACAUUUCCAGACCUUGCCCUUCUCCAACAAGGUCACCUUGUGUGAUUGUCCCGGUCUGGUCUUCCCGCAAUUCGUCCACACCGAGGCCGACAUGGUCUGUGAUGGUGUCUUGUCCAUCGACCAGAUGAGGGAAUACAGUGCGCCAAUAGAGCUCAUCUGUCGACGAGUGCCUCGGGAAGUCUUGGAGGGAACCUAUGCCAUCCGAAUUGAAGUCAAGGAUAUCGAGGAUGGUGGUACCGGUCUCGUACAUUGGGAAGACUUCUUGUCGGGUUAUGCUAUCGCAAGAGGUCUCACGCGAGCUUCGUUCGGUAUGCCUGAUACGUCUCGCGCUGCGAGAUAUGUCCUCAAGGACUAUGUUAGCGCCAAGCUUGUCUUCUGCCAUCCUCCACCCGGUAUCGACGCCGAUACCUACAUGGAGGAUAGUCGGGCUAAGAUGAUCGAAAAGCAAGAGGAAGAUAUCCGCCUUGGAAAGAAAAAGGCGCCCGUUACUCGAGUAGCAAAGGGUGCCGAUACAUUCGUUGGCCCGAGUGAGCCCGAUGCUACGGAGGAUGCUAAACAGCAGGCUCGAGAGCGUCAAGCGACCGCCAAGUCUAUCCGACAGAACGCUGCCUCUGCGCCCGGACGGUCUGCUGCUUCCAAGUCGAAGGAUCUGGAGAACACAUUCUUUAGCGAGGCCGGCCCUUUGCCAAGACCGGUCGCCAAAGGUGCACCAGGGCUCGGGCAAGAGGGAGGCUACUCACGGACGAUGAUAUAUCCGCACGCUCAUCGUAUCGGGCCAGACGGUCUUCCCAUCGAUCAGUCGCUCAUCAAUCCCGUGGUGUUACCGACCAGGAAGGGAAAGAAGCACUUCAAGAUCAAGGAGGGCAAGAAGCGAAGCGGUAAAGGUUAUGACUGAGCUGUAUCCGGGAUCUUGUUGCAUC